UUCAUGAUGAAAAUCCGAUUUGCAGAUACGGAUCCAAACGGCUCUAAAUUCGUCUUCUUUAUUCUAAAUAGUUGAGCAGCAUACUUUCUGUUAACUCAACUGACCAACUUAUUCUAUUACUGAAAUUAAAUAUUGAAAUCUCAGGCGCGUAACUCGUUGGCGUUGUGAAGUUUUCUACCAUCUUCCAUAGUGUCAAACACUGACUGAAGGACUAUUCUGAGAACCUCCGAGUAACUAGUCCUUAAGUCGGUUAUCUAACAAACUUUCUAUUUCAUUCAUGGUUGCCCUUUAUUGGAGCAUAUUUUCAAGGUUUCGUGCCGAUUUUAAUCAUUUCAAAUGCUUGACUGCAACACCGUCCAGAUCAGUGAAUACAAAACGAUUAGAACACCCCAAAACAAAGGGCAAUAAUCAGGAAUCUGUUGUUACAUCGGAUGAUGUGUCUGACUAUGCAAAAUCUGCAAACGUCGUAAAGUCAAAGGACCUGCUUGGCGAUUUUAUUAAAGAAUAUCGUCUUGGUAGUGACGCACCAUCAACAGCAUUUGUUGAUCUUCCUUCACCGGCUAAUGUAAAUAUUUUCACUCACGAAAAUGUCCUACCUGCUGAUUCUUGUAACUCAUUAAACCCCAUUUUUGAUGCCGUUGAGAAUUUGGAAGCCUCACUUUUCAGUUGUGCUCUUCCAAACAACCAGUUUGAAGAAUGGUUAAAGUGGACUGUCGAAAAGAAAAUGUGGAGUUUUCCGAUUAAUAAUGAACAAGAUUGGGAUUCCGAGUUAGAUGUACCGUUUUAUGAACAUGUAUUCCUGGAGAAUCAUCUAAACAAGGAACAUUUCAAGUGUAAACCAUUGGCAUCGUUCUUGGAACUUGUUUGUACUGGACUUUCGAAAAACCCUUAUUUUAGUGUUGACGACAAAAAGCAACAUCUCGAGUGGUUUACACAGUUCUUUGACGAUAAGAUAACACGAAUAAACGCUUCCAUAAAAGAAGAACAUAUGGCUAAUUUGGAGAAAAUUUCUAGAGGAACUUCGACAUAAUCUACUAAUUUUUACUUUUCAAAUAAACUAUUCCCUAGGAAAA